AUGGCUCGCUUUCUCGGUACCAUUGCAGGACUCUCGCUGUCUUCUGCGGCGUUGGCUGCCUCGUUUUCUUCUCCUUUACUCGCCCGUCAAAAUACUGCGAGUCCGUGUGCGCAGGUUGCGGCUUUGGUGGCUGCUCAGCCAAAGGAUGGUACCGAUCCAACGGUACCUGCCCAACUGGCAAUGGAAUGCCUUGUUUCAGUGCCUUUCCACCAGGGUCCUGCUUUGAAACUGAUUGAAAGCACACGUAUUUACUUGCAGUGGCAAUCCACGACUGCAUGGCUCAAGGAUCCACCAAAGGAGUACGCUGAGAAGGUACGAGGACCGUUUGAUCUUUGGGGUCAAUGGGAAAACAUCAGGAACAAAGUCCGUGCAGGAAGCUACAAGAAUGAAUACGAGUUUGGCCUUGACGUGUAUGAACUGUUCCACGCCCCGCACGAUAGCCAUCUUCUCUAUGUGCCCGAUAGUUUCGGGUCUGCAUUUCUGUUCGGGAGACCCAUGUCGCUCGUCUCCGUCUCUUCAGAUGGUCAAGAGAUGCCCAAGCCUUAUGUGCAGCAAGAUAUCGUAGACGAGAGCCUCGGUGACAUCUCCUGGACGCCAUCCCCAAUCUCCAAGAUCAAUGGCCAGGAUGCGAUAGCAUACCUGGAGGACUGGGCAGAGCACGGUCGAUAUCAUGAUCGGGACGCACUGUACAACGAGUUGUUCUACGGAUUGCCUGCCCUCUCUCUGGCCCCUGGGACCUUUCCAAUUGGUAAUUUUGCUGGAGACGGACGAUCGAGAUGGCACUACCCCGGUCCGACUACUGACUUUUUGUUUGAAAACGGUACCACUCGUUCCUACGAGAACAUGGCGACUGUCCAACUUCCCCACUUCAACAACGUCACGGAUGGCGAGAGCCUCUACCAAGUCUGGUACACGGGCAACCCGCCCCUGCCACAACCAUGGCCACCGAUACCGACACCUACGAACCAGAGCGCUUCUGCCGAGACACCACUCCCAGCCCCGGGAUACCCACCUCCCGUCGUCCGUCAAGUUGACAAUUUGAUCAGAGGCUACUACCUCGACAAGGAAACAUCUGACGUUGCCGUUCUCGCCAUCCCCGACUUUGUUUCCUACGGCGGCCACCAGUCCUUCCAGGACACGGCCGUAGAGUUCCUCAGGCGUGCCAAGCAGGAUGGCAAGAAGAAGCUCAUCAUCGACCUGCAGCAUAACAGUGGAGGUACCAUCUUGCUAGCCUACGACAUGUACAAGCUCCUCUUCCCCACCCUAAUCGACCACGCGGCCGCCGAUCGCGCCCGCGCCUUUGAAGACCUCUACAUUGCCGGCACAGAAUGGUCUCGCUUCUCCAAAGCCUUUACCCGCACAAACCUGUCGUACGAGGAAGACCCAGCGCUAUACGGCCAAUUGCAAAUCGUCUCAAACUGGCUCAACUACGAAUCCAACCUCGACGUAAACUCCAAACCCUUCCCUAGCUGGGACGCCUUCUUCGGCCCCGUCCAGGCAAAAGGCGACAACUUCACCAAUCUCUUCCGCUGGAACCUCGGCGACGUGAUGACGCGUUUCAACGGUUAUGUUGAUAUCCACGGCUACGGCCCCUUGGCAAGUUACAACACCACCCCCUUUGACGCCGCCGACAUCGUCGUCGUCACAGACGGCAUCUGCGCCUCCACCUGCGCCGUCUUCGCCGAACUCAUGCGCCAGCGCGCAGGCGUGCAAUUCGUCGCCCUCGGCGGCCGUCCCCGCCCCGGUCUCACCCAGCACAUUGGCGGCACAAGGGGCACGCAGGGAGUAAGUCUCCCCGGGGUCCGGAGCAUCGCAAACGACACAAUCACGUUUACCAACUCGUCGCUCGCCGAGUCCCAGGAGCUCAAUAAGACGGUGCUGGGACAGUACUGGGAGCAGACGUUCUUUGAUCGCGCCGCCUUGUUCAGCGCGGGGGGUAUCAACUUUCGCGAUGCCAUUCGCGAUGGCGAUGAGACGCAGACGCCGCUGCAGUUUGUCUAUGAGACGGCGGAUUGUAGGAUUUUGUAUACAAAGCCCAUGAUGGUGGACAUGACGGCGCUGUGGAAGAGGGUUGCGGAGACGGCGUGGGGGGGCAAGAACCAUUGUGUUGCCGGUAGUUUGGGCGCUGGAAAUAGUCAUGCUGGUGCGGGUGCGAAUAGGCUGAGGAAGCGGGAGUUGACGAGCGAGGAACAGGCGUUCAGUGAGCAGAUGGCGCAGUGGAGGCGCGGGUUGAAAGUCGAAGAUUAUCCUUCGACGUCUGAAAAUGGUCCAAGGAAGUUCAAAUCUCGUGCCAACGGUGGCGCUUUGGCGUUGAACUAG